CCGACGACCCUCGGGCAUCCAGACUGAGCCUCUCCGCCCCGCUCCCUGGUGAGAUCCUCUGCCAACUCGUAUUACCCCUUGCCCCGCACUGUGCGAUAUCUGGCCCUGGACAGCUUCUUUGGCUGCACUGCACGGCCGGCGUCGGGUAAAGUAAACUUCAAUGCCGAGUUCGCGUGCCCACGAGACCCCGACCACUCAAGAAUCCAGCUUUGCAUCAUCCUCUUCGCCCUUCGCCUCCACCCGUCGACUCUUCUACUUUCUUUCAAUCGACAGCGUCGACGACUGAGACCAUGGCCAGUCACGCCGCAGGGGACGCAGCGUCCCCAGCGUGGGGGACCGGGCCUCGGACCGUCAAAAGGUUGUGGCUGGAGAGCCGGCACCGCGCAAAAACCGACAAGAAGAGUUGGGACUACGUGAUCACCAGUGGCGUUGUCGGCGGCAUUGCAGGCUGUGUGGCCAAGACUGCGAUUGCACCACUCGAUCGCGUAAAGAUUCUCUUCCAAACGUCGAACGCCGAGUUCAGGCAGUAUGCUGGGACAACCAUGGGAUUGCUCCACGCGAUGGGCAAAAUCUACCGGACCAACGGUGUGCGCGGCUUGUUGCAGGGCCACUCAGCCACAUUGUUGCGCGUCUUCCCCUACGCUGGAAUCAAGUUCAUGUUCUAUGACUGGAUUGAGAAGAUCCUUGUUCCCACUCCAGAAUAUGCGACACCGGGACGGUUCUUCCUGGCAGGCUCCUCAUCAGGGGUGGCUUCCGUUAUGUUGACCUACCCGAUGGAGCUCAUCCGCGUCCGCAUGGCGUACCAGACGUCUCCAUCCGAGCGGACAACUUUGCGGCAGGCCAUCAAGAUGAUUGCCGCGGAACGCGCGCAACUCAACCAGCCUGGGGCGCAGAGCGGUGUGUCGGCUUUCACGCGCUCGUUGCCCUUCUACCCGUUCUAUCGAGGAUUCUCGGUAACUCUGAUGGGCAUGGUGCCCUACGCAGGAGUGUCGUUCCUCACCUACAACAUGCUCAAGAAGCACCUUCCAGAGUACAUGCCCUACUUGAAACAGAGGCCAACACAACGAGACCUUUUGUGCGGCGCAGUGGCGGGGCUCAUCAGUCAGACCGCCAGCUACCCCUUCGAAGUGAUUCGCAGGCGCAUGCAGGUCGGCGGCGCUAAGGGUGGGCCGGGUAUCAACUGGAAGCAGGCGGUAGGGGCGAUCUACUCGCAGUCGGGAUGGCGAGGAUUCUUUGUGGGCUUGAGCAUUGGCUACGUGAAGGUCAUCCCGAUGACAAGCAUAUCCUUCACCACUUGGCAAUUCUUGAAGCGGUUGUUGGAUAUGUAGCACUAUUUGACACAACAUUAGACGACAUAUGCAUCGUACAGACAGCAAUACAUGACCCC